AUGAUCAUGCAGAUAAAUAAAUAUCUAAUCAUCUGCAGCUGUGUUGUAUUUAUCCUACUUGGACAUGUCAAUUGUAGGAAAUUCAAGAAAAUUCUUAAACAUAAAGGAGACGGUAACGAAGACAAUGAACACUCCAAAUUUCGACGUGUCGAUUAUCCAAAUGGCGAUCAUUAUGAAGGUUAUUUCAGAAAUAAGAAAAAGAACGGAAACGGUACAUUGAUUUUGGAUAAUGGUACGAAGUACGUUGGACAGUUCAAAGAUGGAUAUUUCCACGGAAAAGGUACAAUGCUGUGGGCAAGUGGUGAGCGAUACGAAGGAAUAUUUAAACAAGGUGAAAAAACUGAAGAUGGUGUGUACUAUUUUCCUCAUGGUACGAAAUACGUCGGCACAUUCAAGGGCGAUCUAUUCAAUGGACAAGGUGUAAUGACGUGGAAAAAUGGUGAUCGACAUGAAGGUGCUUUUGUCAACGGUCGAAGAACUGGAAGUGCCACUUAUACCUUUGCUAAUGGACGAAAGUAUGUCGGUGAGUUUAAAGAAGGGAAAUUCAACGGAAACGGUGUGCAAUCAUGGCCCAACGGCGAUCGAUAUGAAGGAAUAUUUAAAGGUGGUGAGAAGACUGAAGAUGGUGUUUAUUUUUUUCUUGAUGGUACGACAUACGUUGGCACAUUCAAAGGUGAUAUGUUCAAUGGGCAAGGUAUCAUGAUAUGGAAAGCAGGUGAUUGGUACAAUGGUACUUUUGUCAAUGGUGAAAGAACGGGAAAUGGUACUUACACUUUCGCUGACGGAGGAAAAUAUGUUGGUGAGGUCAAUAAUGGUCAAUUUCAUGGACAAGGUGUGCAGACAUGGCCAAGUGGUGAUCGGUAUGAAGGAACAUUCGUAAAUGGUGAAAUAACGGGAAAUGGCACUUCCACUUUCGCUGACGGAGGAAAAUAUGUUGGUGAGGUCAAAAAUGGAAAAUCCAAUGGGAAAGGUGUACGAACAUGGCCAAAUGGUGAUCGCUUCGAAGGAAUAUUCAAGAAUGGUGAAAUAACUGACGAUGGUGUUUAUUAUUUUCUUGAUGGUACAAAAUAUGUGGGUGCAUACAAAAAUGGCCUUUUCGAUGGACAAGGUAUUAUGACAUGGGCAAAUGGUGAUCGAUAUGAAGGAAGCUUUGUUGAUGGCCGAAGAACCGGAAAUGGCACUUAUAUUUUCUCCAAUGGACAAAGAUAUGUUGGCGAAUUUAAGAACGGCCAAUUUAACGGUAGAGGUGUACAGACAUGGCCAAAUGGUGAGCGUUACGACGGUGUGUUUAUGAAUGGUGAAAAAACCAAAAACGGUGUUUACUACUUCCCUAAUGGCGCAGAAUACAUCGGCCCAUACAAGAACGGUCGAUUCGACGGGCAAGGUGUACUGACAUGGACGAGCGGUGAUCGGUAUGAGGGUACUUUUCUCAACGGUGAAAGAAGUGGAAGUGGUACUUAUACUUUCUCUAGUGGAGAAAAAUAUGUUGGUGAGUUUAAGAACGGUCAAUUCCACGGAGAAGGCGUGCAGACAUGGCCAAAUGGUGAUCGGUAUGAAGGAACAUUCGUAAAUGGUAAAAGAGCUGGGAAUGUCGUAAGCACAUUUGGCAAUGGUGAUGCAAAAACUUUAAAUCUAAUUAGCAGUCUCUUCUCAACGUCUGCACCAUUACAAACAUCUUCUCGCUCUUCCAAUGAUAGAUCUAUUCUAGAUGAAAUUGCCGAUAAACUCCGUCAUGCAAAGCGUGUUUUAGCUAUUACCGGCGCAGGCAUAUCGGCCGAUUCUGGAUUGCCAACGUACCGUGGCAUCGGUGGAUUGUACAGCGAUGGAAAAGAAACUGACGAUGGCAUGGCUAUAGAAUAUGCUUUAUCUGGCCAAACAAUGCGAAGUAGACCAGAUAUUUGUUGGAAAUACAUUCAUCAAAUUGAAUCAGCUUGUCGUGCGGCAAAGCCGAAUGCUGCGCACGAAACACUUGUCGCUUGUGAGUCUAAAUUUCCACAUUUUGCUGUACUGACACAGAAUAUCGAUGGUUUACAUCGAGUUGCUGGUUCAAAGAAUCUCAUUGAAAUUCACGGCAACAUUCAACAAUUAUUUUGCACAUCAUGCGGCCAUGAUAUCUACGUGAACAGUUUCGAAGGUAUGAAAAUCCCACCCAAGUGUCAACGUUGUGGUUCACUUGUGCGGCCACGUGUUGUUCUCUUCGGUGAAAUGCUGCCCAUACAAGCAAUGAAGCAACUUCAUGAAUUUAUGAGCAAAGGUUUAGACGCUGUUAUUAGCAUAGGCACGACAAGUGUUUUUCCAUACAUCGCCGGACCAGUAGUGAACGCCGCUCGAAACAAUGCAGUUACAAUUGAAAUUAAUCCCGGUGAAACGGAAGUGUCUGAUGUUGUACGAUAUCGUCUUCGCGAACGGGCUGCCAUUGUUUUACCUGAACUAUUCAAACGUCUUUCGUAA